AUGACCUUAAAACCAACCUCAACCCGCUUGACAGAUCCACGAAAAGCAUAUUUUAGACGCAUUCGGCAUCCGUUAUCAGGCCAUGUGUUAGAUAGAGGCCUUGUGCUUUGGUUUCCGGGACCUCACAGUUUUACAGGCGAAGAUUCAGUUGAAUUACAGAUUCAUGGCGGCAAUGCUGUUAUCAAGAGCGUCUUGGAUGCGUUACAUAGUUUACCUGAUUUUCGUAUGGCUGAACAAGGUGAAUUUGCCAGAAGAGCAUUUGACAAUGACAAGUUGGAUUUAACUGAAUUAGAAGGGUUGGCUGACUUAUUGAAUGCUGAGACAGAAGUACAGAGACGCUUAGCACUUCAACAAACAGAAGGCGGAUUAAGAGUCCAGUAUGAUCAGUGGCGAACACAGAUCAUUGAAGCCAUGGCAACCACAGAAGCCGUGAUUGAUUUCGGCGAAGAUGAAAACAUUGAAGAAGCGCAUUUAGAUGAUAACCGUGUGGGUGAAAUGGUGCGUAAUGGUAUUCAGGUGGCUAUUGUAGGUCCACCUAAUGCAGGCAAGAGUACACUCUUGAAUCGAUUGGCUAAAAGAGAAGCAGCGAUUGUGUCCAAUAUUCCCGGUACUACACGCGACGUGGUUGAAGUCAAGUUGAAUCUAGGUGGAUAUCCAGUGAUUGUGUGUGAUACAGCAGGACUAAGAGAAUCAAGCGAUAGGAUUGAACUUGAAGGCAUCAAACGAACAAGACAAAAGAUCGCUUCUUCGGACAUCAAAAUAUGCUUAAUGUCUUUAGAAAAUGGUGUCACCCUGGAUCCGAUCAUUAAACAAGCCAUUGAUCAAGACACUUAUUUGAUCCUGAAUAAGCAGGAUGUGAUUGCAGACACAGACAAGCCAAACUUGAACGAGAUGAUCAAGACCCUUCAGCAAGAGACACAGGCUAAAGCCAAUGAUAGAUUUGACGCUUCGGUAGCCAAUCCAGUAUUAAUUACUCAGGCAAGACAUAGAGAGCAUUUAGAAGACUGUAUUGCCUGUCUUAAUACAUUCCUAAGUAAGUCUAUCUAG